AAAAAGAGAAAAACCAUAUUCUCAGACCCAACUUGGUACCUCAUCUUAACUCAAGCAGAACAAGAAGGGGAAAGAGAGAGAGAGAGUUUUAUCGUCCAGGUCCAGAGACUUCUUCCAAGAAAUGUGACCCCUUCUCUGAGCUGUUCAGACGUAGCCCCGAAGCCUCCAUGCCCAUAACAUUUUGUCUCUUCCUCUGUUUCCCAAUUCAAUAGGGCUUUAUAUCUGCAAGUGAGUCAAGGACACUUUUUGAGGAAAAAGUACAGAGAGAGAGAGAGAGAGAGAGAGAGAGAGGAGAGAGGGGAGAGGGAGCGCAAGACUAGGAUUCAAGAGAAUGAAGAUCCAAUGUGACGUUUGCGACAAAGGAGAAGCCACUAUCUUUUGCGCUGCAGACGAAGCCGCGCUCUGUGACGACUGUGAUCGCCGAGUCCACCAUGCCAACAAGCUCGCCAAUAAACACACGCGUUACUCUCUCCUUCAUCCACCCUUCAAAGAAUCCCCUCUCUGCGACAUCUGUCAGGAGAGGCGAGCGUUGCUGUUUUGCCAAGAAGACAGAGCAAUCCUGUGCAGAGAAUGCGAUGUUCCCAUUCACAGAUCCAACGAGCACACCCAAAAGCACAACAGGUUUCUUCUAACCGGGGUUAAGCUCUCCUCUUCUUCACCCCCCAACCAAGCCUCAUCGUCGUCCAGUGCAUUGAGCACAGACAUGAAGAUCUCUAGAUCCUCGGCGAAGAGACAGAAUUGCCCGCCGUCAUCAGUGUCAACAGCCGAGAGAAGUUUGCCUUUGGGAGCUUACCAAGACGAGAACCACACGAGCGACGCCGGCUCGAUCUCAACGAGCAGCAUCUCGGAGUACUUGAUGGAGACGCUGCCCGGGUGGCACGUGGAUGAGUUUCUUGAUCCUUCGUCGACUGCUUCGAACGGAUACUGUAAGACUUUUGAUCACAUGUUGCCGGUGGUGGAUCCCGAUUUGGUGACCGACACGAGCUCCUCUGCCUCGAAAGAUUUUGCAAACUACUCCCCCAAGUUCCUCAUCAAUUCCCUCAUCUAUCUCUCCACCUCUCUCAGGCUCAAGGUCCUUUUUUUCAUGGCAUGGAUCAGCAAGAGAAGGCAAGGAGCAACAGAUUCAUCAAGAAACAGAGUGAUGAUGGUUUUCUUUAUGGAAGCUCACAUCAGCAUCCCUUCUCUCAUAAUUCUCAGGCUUUUUGGCAAUAGCUUUGAAUCCACAACCCUUCUGCAAUUUGUGGAUGUUCUUUCUGCAAUGUUUUAUUUUAUUUUUUUCCCCUCCUUGUAUUAGAUUAAGAUUUAACGGUUCUUCACGAUCUCCUGCUCAAAGGUAGGUUUGUUUUAUUUUUAA